AUGGCAAGCCAUGUUACUCGGUCGAGGGUGCAGCCACAGCUUCAGGAGCAUCAAUCAAGGGCUAGGUGGACUACACAUCUUACUAAGAUUCUUGCAAGCUUAAUGGUUGAUCAGGUACACCAAGGGAAUAGAAAAAACAAUUACUUUGGCAAGAAAGCAUGGAAGUAUAUCUGCGAUGAAUUCUAUAAGAGAACGGGUCUGAAAUGGGACAAGGAACAACUGAAGAACCGAUGUGCAGUUAUGAAGAGGAUGUAUAUUAUAAUCAAGUCACUUCUUGAUCGUAGUGAUUUCAGUUGGGAUGAAGCCACAGGGACCAUCACAGCUAGUGAUGAAGUAUGGGCUGAAUACACGAAGGAACAUCCUGAUGCAGAGACUUUAAGAAGCAGUGGCUGCCCAAUUUACAAAGAGCUAUGCAUAAUAUUUUCAGAACCAGCAACCAAUGGGAAUCAUGAUCAUCCAGCUGAACACGAGGAAGGGACUCCAAAUUUUCAUCAAUUGGAGCCAUUGUCCAUCCCGCAAGAAGUACCGUCCUCAUCGGAAUCUGAGGAAGCAGAUGAUGGUGUAGAUGAUAAAGAAACAGUUCAACCUAUUACUCCCAGCACUACUGGCAUCCGCAAAAGAGGGCGCAAAGGCAUUGAUGAUGCCAUUGCAGGAGCUAUUUUAGAGAUGGCAGCUGCAUCAAAGCUGAGAACGGCUGCUAUACAGCAACGUGAUGCCAGAUAUACCAUAGCUAAUUGUAUUAAAGCACUGGAUGAGAUGAAAGGCGUUGAUGAGCAACUCUAUUUUGCUGCUCUUGAUCUGUUCAACAAGCCCACUGCAAGGGAGAUGUUCUUGUCUCUCAAACACGACAAGCGCUUGAUUUGGUUGCAGGGCAAGUGCAGAGCAGCUGGUCCUGUUCCCUAG